AUGGCCGCUAUGCUAAAAAUUAAGGGUGUUCACUUCCAGUUUCCGUUUGAGCCAUAUCCCUCGCAGAUAGAGUAUAUGAGUUCCCUUAUUACGGCCCUGAAUAAGAAGGAAAAUGCCUUGUUGGAAAGCCCGACAGGCACCGGAAAGACACUUUCUCUGCUUAUUCCCGCAAUAGCUUAUCAGGAACAAUGUAUUAGCUUUCUAAGUCUAGUAACCUCGCUUUUGAAGAAGUGCAAAGCUGGAGCAAUCAUAGCAGAGCCUACUGGAGCACCUACGUUAUCUAGCAGUGCACCGCUAAUGCCGCCAGACGUGGGUAAGCUUUUAGAGUGGACAGAUCAAACGUUAGACUUUCGAGACAGUGUCAUCAUAGAUAGCAAGCUCAAAAAUAUAAGGCUCAAUGAUACAGCUAGGUGGGUAGCAGAACGACCUCCACCCAAGAUUCUUUAUGCUGCCAGGACCCAUGCACAGAUAGAACAGGCCAUAAGACAACUAAAGAAGCAUGUGACCAUCUCUGAUGCAUCAGGUGACAGCAGAUCUUUCUUAUUAUGGCCUAUCGCCAUGCUAGGAAGCCGCCGUAUAUUCUGCAUAAACGAAAGAGCACACACUUAUGCUGCAGCUGCAAAUAUCACACUAGGUAUGGCAUGCAAGAAACUUUGCGACGACAGACAGUGUAGAUAUUACUCUAGUGACGGAGAUAGUGAUGAUCUUGCACAGAAAUACAGGGAGUAUUACUGUGAGAAUAGUAAUGGGCGAUUGGAUGAUUUAGAAGACUUCCUGGGAUACUGUAAGAACGAAUCAAGGUGUCCAUACUAUUUGGGAAGAGCUCUCGUGCCACAGGCUAGGGUGGUUACUGCCCCUUAUAACUAUAUACUCUCCAGUAAGAACAGGACAUCCGAGCUUUCUUCUAUGCUUCGAAAUAGCAUACUCCUUGUAGAUGAAGGUCACAAUAUCGGCCAAGCAUGCUGUGAUACUUUUUCUGGCAGUGUUACUACUGACGCUCUUUUGAAGGCCUCCGAGGAAAUUCAGUACUUACAGAAGGUAGCAGCAGCACAGCGGAUGGGACCCGGUAAUAAGGCUGCAACAAUAGAGUUAGAGGGAAAUUGGCUUUCAAAGACUAAUCCUUGUGGACCCGCCACCUCCUACACAGGGCUCCAUGAGCCCAAAACAAAACUUAUUCGGCAGUCAGUGACACGCCUCUACAGCUUAUCGGAUGCUCUGCCGCCGCAAUCAGACAUUGAUGUGAUAUUCAAUUUGAUUAACCUCGUUUCAAAAUACUUUGUAGACAAGCUUGCAGAGAUAAGUGGGAAUGCGCCCUUCAGCUUUGCCGUUCACGAUCUUUCUAAAAAAGUUUAUGAGCUGCUCUUGGCCACAGACUUCGAGUCUGGUGACCAUAGUGCACCGUCAACACGUGUCUCUAGAGCGGCAACCGAUAUCGAAACUGCCAGAUUCUAUCUUUCGUCAAAGCCUAUAGCAACUCAUACAGAUGCGGUCCAAACUUUACGCAAGAAACAGCAGCAGUUCUCCCUGUUAAUUGACACCCUAUCCAUCCUCAUCCAAUGUAACCCAGGCCUAGCGCCAGAGUAUGCAGACAAGCCCUUACAUUUACUAGAAGCAAGUGAUUUCAUAUUGGCAAUCAGUGACAUCAUGGUCUACUCUCAAACAGGAUCUGAAUUUUGCUUUGUUGUAUCCAAACAGAAAGAAAAUGACACUAUUUCUAAACCAGCUAAGCCCAAAUCUGCAUGUAGAAUGAGUGAAGUUUUGAAUAACGUCAUAAGGAAGCAUUCGGCUACUACAGUGCCGGCCAUAUCUAGCCAGGCUGGAUGGCAAGUGCACCUACUCUGUAUGACUCCAAAAUCCAUCCUCAAAACCAUAGUCCUAGGGGAGAGUGUGCAUUCUCUCGUCUUGACAAGUGGAACCCUAGCGCCCUUCUCGGCGCUCCAAGCAGAGCUUGGAUUGUCUUUUGGCAUAUCUGUAUCAUGUCCUCACAUAGUGCCACCCAGUAAUUACUUAUUUAGGGCUAUCACGGCUAUAACAGGAACUCCGUUAUUGGGUAUAUAUAAAAAUAGGGAAAGCAAGUCAUAUCAGAAACAGUUAGGGUAUGCUCUCCAAGCAUGCGUACGUGGUGUGGUGGGAGGAACCCUGGUGUUCUUUCCAUCAUACAAGUAUAUGGCGCAGGUUCUGGAUUCUUGGAAAGCGGACGGUACUGAAGCAGAGCUUAAGUCUAGCACCCAUGGAGAUCCUCGUGACCUGUUUGUCGAACCAUUGAGGCAGCAAGAUUGUAACGCAGUGAUAAAGAAGUACAGGGAUAGCUGUGACGCAGGACGAUCCCCGAUACUUUUUGUGAUUUGCCGCGGAAAACUAGCUGAAGGAAUUGACUUCAGCAACAACUACUGCAGAUGCGCCCUUGUCAUAUCACUCCCCUAUCCAAACAUCUCUGACCCUCUGCUUAAGGCAAAAAUGGAUUGGCUUGACAAGCACUCUGUUCUGAAGGGAGGUGACUGGUAUUCUGUACACGCAUAUAGGAGUGUCAACCAGGCGUUAGGCCGUGUCCUACGACACAAAGACGACUACGGAUGCAUGUUCCUCCUAGAUCAAAGGUACUCCAUAGAGAUAAGCAGAAAGCAGCUCUCCGGAUGGCUGGCUGAUCAACUUGUUUCUACAGAACUGGCUGGGACAGGCGUACAAACGGAGAAAAUAUUUGCAGAAACACGCGCCUUUUACUCUAAGCGCACAUUGUCUUCGUCCCCAGAAAGUGCGAAAGGUAGUAAUCCAUUUGACAGGAUGUCAACUACAAGAAAGCUAGAAGAGCCAAUAUUUAAAACAAAGGACGAAUUGGGCCUUUUGAUGCAAGAGUUUUCCAAUCCAUUGAAGAUUAAAAAGGCUACGGAACAUUCUACUGCAAUCUUGGAUGAAACAUCAUCGGCUACUUAUCAGCUACUGACGAAGUUCAAGGGAAGGCUUACGGAAGUAAGAUACAAGCAGCUAAAAACUCUUCUGCGUGAUGUACAGUUGGUACAGAAAAGCGACCAAAAGAGAGUUCAGAAACUAUGCAGUGAUCUGGCAAUUUUGCUGUAUAGCCGUACUUUCUCCCAAGAGGUGAGUGACCUACUCAAGGUUCUAGAGCCUCACGUUGCGUCGGAACUAGAAACCCAGAUCAGAUUCCUACAGAAACGAUCUUAA